GAAGCUUCGUCAAUGAUUCUUGGUUUACGCGGGAUGCGAUUGGGGAAGUCGGCAUCAUUCCUAUUUCUGAUUAAAGUAGUUUGUUUAUAUCCUCACCUACAUCCAAGCUCGUCAAAGAUUUAUUAUUUACUUUAAUAGAUUAAGGUUCGAGUGUCUAUGAAUACUGUAUAAUUUAAAAAAUGUCGUUUUGUGAUGGACUGCUUACUUCUUGAAUGAAUUUAACGCUGGUUUUUUAAAUAGAAAAGUCGAAGUGAAGCCAAGUAAAAAACCUUUUUGAAAAAUGAGUUCAACAGUUGAAAAUGGAGGCGGAGAUGGGACUUCAAAGAAGAAAACCAUCGAAGGUAUUUACCAAAAGAAGUCACAGUUGGAGCAUAUUUUACUGCGUCCUGACACUUACAUUGGUUCCGUUGAAUUCGUUACGGAAAAUAUGUGGGUGUACGACAAAGAAAAAGAAAUGAUGGUGCAGAAGGAAAUAAAGUAUGUUCCUGGUCUCUAUAAAAUUUUUGAUGAAAUUCUCGUAAACGCCGCUGAUAAUAAGCAGCGUGAUCCAAAAAUGGAUCAGAUUAAAAUAGACAUUGACUCCGAAAACAACACCAUAUCUGUGUGGAAUAAUGGCAAAGGUAUUCCAGUUGUUGUUCACAAAGAUGAAAAUAUGUACGUGCCAACAAUGAUUUUUGGCCAUUUGUUGACAUCUUCUAAUUACGAUGACGAAGAAGAAAAAGUGACAGGUGGUAGAAAUGGAUAUGGAGCGAAAUUAUGUAAUAUUUUUAGUCAUCGAUUUACUGUAGAAACUGCUUGUAAAGAAUAUAAAAGAUCACUCAAGCAGACAUGGGGAAAUAACAUGGGAAAAGCCAGUGAGCCUAAAGUCAAAGAAUUCGCUGGAGAAGAUUUCACGAAGGUGACCUUUUCGCCUGAUUUAUCCAAGUUUAAAAUGCAAUCGCUGGACGAUGAUAUCGUUUCGCUUAUGUCUCGGCGAGCAUUUGACGUGGCUGCCUCUUCUGGCCAUAACGUGAAAGUUUAUCUCAAUGGCUACAAAGUCCCUGUUAAGGGAUUCAAAGAUUACGUAGACCUUUAUGUUAAAGGCAAAGAAGAUGAUGCGGGCAAUGCUUUAAAAAUUUGCUAUGAGAAAUGUAAUGAACGUUGGGAAGUUGCAAUGACAUUGUCUGAUAAAGGUUUUCAACAAAUGUCCUUCGUCAAUAGUAUCGCUACAACAAAGGGUGGUCGACAUGUUGAUCAUGUAACUGAUCUAAUUGUGAAACAACUGACAGAAACAUUGAAGAAGAAAAAUAAAGGAGGCAUAGCCAUAAAACCGUUCCAAAUUAAAAAUCACAUGUGGAUUUUUGUCAACUGUCUUAUCAAUAAUCCAACUUUUGAUUCGCAGACUAAAGAGAAUAUGACUCUUCAGGCUAAGAGUUUUGGCUCCAAAUGCUCACUCAGUGAAAAAUUUAUAACUAGUGUCACGAAAAUAGGGAUUGUUGAAUCUGUCCUCUCUUGGGCAAAAUUCAAAGCAGAUGUUCAACUGCAAAAAUUAGGUCCCAAAUCGAAACAAAGGAAGCUUCAAGGAAUACCAAAAUUGGAAGAUGCUAAUGACGCAGGCACUGGUAGAUCUAUGGAUUGUACUUUAAUUUUGACCGAAGGAGACUCAGCUAAAAGUAUGGCUGUUGCUGGACUUUCUGCUGUUGGUCGUGACAAAUUUGGUAUCUUUCCAUUAAAAGGUAAAAUUUUGAACGUCAGAGAAGCAACGCACAAGCAGAUUCUCGAGAACGCCGAAAUCAACAACUUGAUUAAAAUUCUUGGCUUACAGUACAAGAAAAAGUAUGAGUCGAGGGAUGACAUGAAAACUCUUCGUUAUGGAAAACUGAUGAUUAUGACAGAUCAAGAUCAGGACGGUUCCCACAUUAAAGGACUUCUAAUAAAUUUUAUUCAUCAUAAUUGGCCAUCCUUAUUGAAGCUCAAUUUCGUGGAGGAGUUUAUAACUCCAAUCGUAAAAGCAAGGAAAGGAAAUGUUGUAAAAUCAUUUUAUUCUUUGCCAGAAUUUGAAAUUUGGAAGAAAGAAACUGAAAAUUACCACACCUACAGCAUCAAAUACUACAAAGGUUUGGGUACUUCUGAUAAAUCUGAAGCAAAAGAGUACUUCAACGAUAUGAUCAAGCAUCGCAUCAAAUUUAAGUACGAGGGAGAUCAAGACGAUAAUAAUAUUAUUAUGGCUUUCAGUAAGAAGUGCGUAGAUCUACGAAAAGAUUGGUUGACAAAUCACAUGGAGGAAACAAAGAGAAGAAAGGAAACGGGUCUAAACGAAAGAUAUUUAUACCAGAAGGACACACGCGCUGUAUCAUUCUCCGACUUUAUUAAUGUUGAACUGGUUUUGUUCAGCAACUACGAUAAUGUGAGGUCGAUACCAAACAUGAUAGAUGGAUUGAAGCCUGGCCAAAGGAAAGUUAUGUUUACCUGCUUUCAACGGAAUGACAAGAAAGAAGUGAAAGUUGCUCAAUUAGGUGCAUCUGUUGCUGAAAGAUCAGCUUAUCAUCAUGGUGAAGCAUCGCUAAUGGCGACCAUUAUAAACUUGGCUCAAGACUUUGUUGGCACUAACAACAUUAACCUGCUGCAACCUCGAGGUCAAUUCGGCACGAGGCUCGUAGGUGGAAAAGAUGCAGCCAGUCCGAGAUAUAUUUUCACCAAGCUCAGUCCUUUGGCCCGUUUCAUCUUUCAUAAAGAUGACGAUGCACUUCUCAGAUACGAGUAUGACGAUAAUAGAAAAAUUGAACCUGUCUAUUAUGUACCUAUUCUACCAAUGAUACUCGUUAAUGGUGCUGAUGGUAUUGGGACAGGUUGGAUGACUAAAAUUCCUAACUAUAAUCCACGUGAAAUUAUUAAUAAUCUGCGCAGAAUGAUGAAUGGUGAUGAACCAAUGCCAAUGAAUCCUUACUAUAAAAACUAUCUUGGAAGUAUUGAGUCCUGCGGUGAAUUCCGAUACGUAAUUAGUGGUUGCGUCUCGAUUAUUGGACCAGAUAAAAUUGAAAUAACCGAAUUACCUAUUGGAAUGUGGACACAAGUGUACAAGGAAACCGUCUUGGAACCUAUGCUACAUGGUUCUGAAAAGUCACCACCAGUUAUUACAGAUUACAAAGAAUAUAACUCCGAUGACACUAUUCUCUUUAUUGUGACAAUGAGCCGUGAGAAAUUACAGGAAUUUGAAAGAGACGGUCUUCAUAAAGCAUUUAAAAUACAAAGUACUACGUCAAUUACAUCAAUGUGUGCCUUUGAUGAAAAUCAGUGUCUACAGAAGUAUGAUAAUGCUCUUCAGUUCAUACAUAGUUUUUAUAAAGUCAGAAUGGACUUAUACCACAAAAGAAAAGAGUACUUGGAAGGUGCUUUAAAAGCUGAAGCGACGAAAAUCUCUAAUCAAUGUAGAUUUAUUCUUGAGAAAUGCGAUGGCAGUUUGGUUGUAGAAAACAAGAAGAAAAAGGACAUGAUUGCUGAACUUGUGCGCAAGAAGUACGAUUCAGAUCCUCUUAUAGCAUGGAAGAUGUCUCAAAAUCGAGAAGAAGUUCUGGAGGAAGUAGCCGGGGAUGGCGAGGAAGAAAUAUCAGCGACAGCGAUCCAGAAAGAAAACUUUGAUUACCUGCUUGGUAUGACAUUGUGGAAUUUGACAAAAGAAAAGAAAGACGACUUGCUCCGCCAGAAAGAAGAUAAAUUGACACAAUUAAAAAUGUUACAAGCACGUACUCCAGUAUCUCUAUGGAAAGAAGAUUUGGAUAAUUUGUUGCAAGAAUUGGAUAAAUUGGAGAACAAAGAAAGGGAAGAAACGAAGAAAUACCAGAAAUCUUUCAAAAAACCUCCACAAAAGUGGUACAAUUCUGAUGAAAUGCGAAAAAUUGUUCCAACUAUUGACGGCGAACUAAAAAAGAAAAUAGAAAAGGCUGAUAUUGUCUCGAAAGAUAAAAAAGACGGAAUAAAAAAACAACCUAGAGUGAAAAAAGAGAAAGAAGACAAAGAUGAAUUUGACGCUCUGGUUGAAAAUAAUGCUAAAAGUCUUGAAGAUAGGCUGGGUAGCUCACCAGAGAAAAUGGACAAAAAGGGCAAGAAAGGAGGUGCUAGACAGACAACUCUUCCAUUCAAACCAAUUAAGAAAAAUAAAAAGAAAUAUUCUACUAGUGAUGAAAGCGAAGUAGAUAAUGAUGUUGAUGAUAUAGAUUUCGAAAGUCUUUCGCCACCUCCUCCUCGAGCAAAACCAAGUUCCGAAGAGCUUUUCGAUUCUUUAAUCAGCAAUUCAUCUCCAAAUGAGAAACCAACAAGGCCUUUCGUAAUUUCUUCUGGAGAAGAUUCACCUACAAAGCCCUCAGUUAAAAAAGCACCUAAAAAGAAAUCUGAAAACGGCAGUGGGAAGGGACCGAAGAGACAACGACAGAAAAAGAAGGUCAAAUCUUCUGGCUCCGAAUCAGAUGAUAUUUUUGAAUUAAAAACAAGUCCUGUCAAGAAACGUAAAAAGAAGUCUGAAUCGGAAAAUGAAAAUAUGUCAGACAGUUCUCCUCCACCACGCACAACAGCUAGACGUGCUAGGAAACCAGUUUCGUAUGCUCUCAAAUCUGAUGAUGAAAUGAGUGAUUCAGAUUGAGGACGAAAAACUUGGUUGGAAAUUUGUAAUGAGUGCAAAGUCAAUGUUUUAAUUCAUUCCAUUUAAGAAUUUGAUACUUUAAAUACAAUUUACGUAAAUUUGUCUAGGUAAUACUUUUAUUACUUUAAAAACAUACCGGAACAGUAUAACUUGUGACAAACAUGAACAUUUACAUUAGUUCGUAAAGCGCUUGCAAUUCAGAUCUUUACUAAUGUACAAACAAGUAAUUAUAAUGUAUGAAAAAUGUUUAAAUUAAUCAUUAGACCGUAGAUAUUAAUAAUUGUAAAUGUAACUAUAGUUUAAUAAUUAAAUUUAACAUUUUUAUAACUCUUUUCAAGUAACCAUUCUACAUUGUUUUAAUGCGUACUCUUGAUUUAAUUUGUGAAAUUAAAAAUGUUAAACUUACAGUUGAUAUAGAAAAGAUCUCUUGUAAAUUUGGUGAUAUAUUUAAAAGGUUUUCGAAAUUAGUUUGUUUUUAUAGUAGAUUUGAAGCAAUACUGUAUUACAUAAAUACGGUCAAUUUUAUUGGCUAGGAAAUACUCGAAAAUAUAAUUAAUAAACGUGUUUGUACUGUAA